GGCAGAGGCGAUCAGGCGGCGUCCAGGCUUUUCCUCGGGGUCCUUCCCGCGCCGUUAGGGUGAGAGGUCGCCGCGAGGACGCCUGGAAGCCGAAAGCGUGCGCUCGAUUCUGGCGCCAGCUCCGGCGUGGGAAAGAGCAGACGGGUCGUUGUGCGGGCCACUCGGCGUCGUGGAGGGAGCAACGCGCUCCGAGGUCGCCUAGCGAUGUCCUACUGCAGGCAAGAAGGAAAGGACAGAAUUAUAUUUGUGACCAAAGAGGAUCAUGAGACACCAAGCAAUGCUGAACUGGUAGCAGAUGAUCCCGAUGACCCUUAUGAGGAUCAAGGUUUGAUAUUGCCCAGUGGAGAUAUCAACUGGAAUUGUCCUUGUCUGGGUGGAAUGGCUAGUGGCCCUUGUGGGGAACAAUUCAAGUCGGCUUUUUCCUGCUUCCAUUAUAGCAAGGAAGACAUAAAGGGGUCAGAUUGUGUGGACCAGUUUCGUGGCAUGCAGGAGUGCAUGCAGAAAUAUCCUGAUCUCUAUCCUCAGGAGGAAGAUGAUGAGGAAGAAGGAGAAAAGCAGGACAAAGAUUUAGAAACUACUCCUAUAGCCAAAGCGGAGGUGGGAACUAGCUAAUGAAGCUGCGUGGAGGCUGUGGUCUCCCUUCCACAUUCAAAAAGACACAUGAACUUAUGCAAAUCACCUUCUUUUCCCCUCCACUCUUCCUUUCUCACCCCACUUUCCUCCUUAUUCUUCAAAAUGCCGUUCACCUCUGUCCUGCACACUGUAUUGCGAAAUAACUUACUGAAGCGGAGGACAAAGUCAGUCCUAUGGUGUUACUGAGUAAACGCUGUAGAGAGGUUAAGUAUGCCUACCCAUAGUGAAGCCACUAAUUUAACAAUUAUUUUCUACUCCAGUCAUGCUCCUCUUGCAGCUUAUCCUGUAAAAGAUCAGUAGAGACGUCCUACAGUAAACGAGGGAAUGGGGAAGAGAAUUUGUUGCUAAGGAUUUAGGGUCAGUGUUUGAUUUCAUUAAAUUUCAGUGAUUACUAAAAAUGGAAUGAAAUGCUUUCUUAAGAUCACCAGAGGCAUACGCUGUUGAGCCUUGGUGUUGUUUUCAGCUGAACAAUCUCCGUGCUUCAGGGCCAUAUGCAGUUUGCAUAAACUACUGAUUUCUAGUAAAUGAAAGUUAGUAUAGGGAUUGGGGGGGGAGUCAGAUUUUCGCUUUUUUUACAAUUUGUGUUGAUCAGCUCCUCAUGUAACUGAAUUGACAAGAAAGUGCUGACCACUGUGUUCCUUAAUGUUCCUGGCUUGCGGGAUUCCUUGUAGUCUGUCCCAUCUUCAGACAGGCUGAUAAAAAUAUAUGCCCUUGAUAGGAAAACUAUAAUGUUACCUGGAGUAACAGCC